GGCAGCACCAGAGUUUUGUUUUUGCGGCUGCAAAAAAUCUGUUCGCCAACGUUUAUUAAAUUUUUCAAUAAAAUGGGCACAAAGCGUCCCAACAACAGUGUGGUGCUGGCACAGGAACCAAAGCGCAGCAAGAAUGAUAUUGUGGCAUACACGAAUCGUGACAAGGCGCUGCUGGAAUCGGGCGUGCGAAGAACUUCCAAUCUGCAAGCACCCAUUAUGCAGCUGGAGGGACACGAGGGAGAAAUCUUUACGACUGAGUUCCACCCAGAAGGCGAAAUGUUGCUCUCCUCCGGCUUCGAUCGUCAGAUCUAUAUUUGGCAGGUGUAUGGUGAUUGUGAGAACAUUAUGGCCAUGUCCGGACACAGUGGUGCCGUGAUGGAGGCGCAUUUUACGCCCGACGGUUCCCACAUUUUCACCUGCUCCACAGACAAGACGCUGGCCAUCUGGGACAUUGUGACGGGUCAGCGGGUGCGACGUCUCAAGGGACACACAAACUUUGUGAACAGCGUGCAAGGAUCACGACGUGGGCAGCAGCUGCUGUGUUCCGGCAGCGAUGAUCGCACUAUAAGAAUCUGGGAUGCACGCAAGAAACACGCGGCACACGUGCUGGAAUCACCAUAUCAGGUAACAGCCGUAUGCUUUGGUGAUACCAGCGAACAGGUCAUCACCGGUGGCAUUGACAACGAGCUCAAGAUCUGGGACAUACGCAAGCAGCAGGUGGUGCAUCAUUUACGCGGACACACAGACACCAUAACGAGUGUGGCUUUAUCACCAGAAGGUGACUUUGUGCUGACCAAUGCCAUGGACAACACAUUGCGAGUCUGGGAUGUGCGUCCCUAUGCGCCGGGCGAGCGUUGUGUCAAGGUCUUCCAGGGACAUCAGCACAACUUUGAGAAGAAUCUGUUACGUUGCGCCUGGUCACCAGGUGGCGAUAAGAUCAGUUCCGGCUCGGCGGAUCGGCACGUCUACAUUUGGGAUGUGAACACCAGGCGCAUUCUGUACAAGCUGCCAGGACACAAUGGCAGCGUCAACGAUGUCGAUUUUAGUCCACGCGAGCCACUAAUACUCUCCGCGUCCAGCGACAAGACUUUAUAUUUGGGCGAAAUUGAAGAUUAAUAGAUUAUCACAAAUAAGUUUUUAUUUCUGCAUUAUUAUAACGAUUAAUAAAUACUUUGUAUAAUUUGAAA